AGCUUGUGCGUCAUUCUUCAACGCCGAUCCUCGGGCCUUUGCACAUCGUAGCAUUAGUACAGCAAGCCCCAAAGCUAAACACGAUGGCUGCGUUGACUCUUCCCCCCCAGCUUCACCUUUGCUUUUCUUUAUACCCAAAAUUCGCCCAUCUAACACACAAUGGAUGCUGCGAUUGACCUUUCAGACGCCUCCAAGGCUCUCGAUCUCUCCAACAUCCGCUUCCAGCUCAUACGCCUCGAAGACACCAUCACCUUCCACCUAAUCGAGCGCGUGCAGUUCCCCCUCAACAAAAACAUCUACAUCCCCGGCGGCGUCGACAUAGGCAACAGCUCUCUCAGCCUCUUUGACUGGAUCCUGCGCGAGCAAGAGCGUCUGCAAUCUCGUGUGCGCCGCUACCAGUCCCCAGACGAAUACCCCUUCUUCCCAGACGUCCUCCAAGAGCCCAUUCUCAAACCAAUCCACUAUCCCAAGAUCCUGCAUCCCAACGAUGUGAACGUCAACGCGAAGCUCAAAGACUGCUAUAUCGAACACAUCAUGCCCGCGGCGUGUCCGGAUACAGGACGCGCGGAUAGAGGCGAGUCGCAGGAAAACUAUGGCUCGGCGGCGUCGUGCGAUGUUUUGUGUUUGCAGGCGUUGUCGCGCAGGAUUCAUUUUGGAAAGUUUGUCGCCGAGGCAAAGUUCCAGCAGGAAACCGAGCGGUUCGUGGGCUUGAUCAAGAAGGAGGAUAGACAGGGUAUCGAUGAAGCAAUUACCAAUGCGGCCGUCGAGAAACAGGUGCUGGAGAGACUGAGAUUAAAGUCGAAGACGUACGGGACAGAUCCGGAUUCGGGGGCUGACGGACAGUCCAAGGUCAACGCUGAUGCUGUAGUCGCCAUGUACAAGGAUUGGGUCAUUCCAUUGACAAAAGAAGUUGAGGUCGAGUACCUCAUGCAGCGGCUAAUAGGUACACAAUGGGAGUGAACGUGUUCUAUGGAUGUGGAUAUGUAGCGAUUGGAUUUUGACGAAAGUGUAAUGCUCAUAAACGAAACCAUGCCUUGGCCAUGAUGAACGCAAAACGGGCAAUAUUAACAACCUAAGAGUUGAACUCAACAAACGUCACGACUCAUGGAACUGAAAACACGUGAAGGUAACAAGCGUGCCAUUGACAAGAUAGUUCAUCACGUUUAAUCAUUGUUUUGUGAGAGC